AGAUGAUCCUCUUCUUCUGAGUUGUUCUCCACAGAACUGAGUGGAGGAGAGGUGACUGUUCUCCUGGACUAACAUGCCAAGUUUCACCGUCCUUUCGCAUCUCUUCCUGGCUCAUCUGUUACAGCGGGCACCUGCGCAGGUAAAGGAACAAGUUUCAAACCUUGGCUUUUUGUAACAAGUCAUAGUCAUAGUUUGUGAGGUUUGGAAAAGUUUGACUUUUUUAACGAUGAAAUAUACAAAUGGAUUUUAUUUUUAAUUCAAAGUUAAAUUAAGUAUAUUAAAUUGAAAAUACCUUUAAAGUUAGCAUGUAUGCUGUCUCCAUCACUCCAAAUGUGACUGUCUGUCUGACUGUCUUUGCCCUUUGUGAAGAUAUCAUUUGACUUUGUUGCUUCAUGAAGCUCCAGUUACUAUCGUGUGUGCAGAUAUUGACUGAGACAUACAGAAUUGGAAGUUGCUCAGGAUUUGGUUGGUGUUGGGCACCACUGUGACUUAAACAUAUAAGGUUUAAGUUGUUUUAUUCUCCACAUUUUUUAUUUCUGGGAGAAGCAACUAGAGAGGAUAAUUUACAUUCAGUUUCAUCUUGAUGGAAACUUGCUGCACUCAAAAUGUGAAAAAUCAAUGCUGGCUCUCAUUUGUACAGAGAGAGAAAUAAAUGGGCGAACUGAUUCUGCACAAGCACUUGUUUACAGCAGUCCAUGAACUGUAUUACAAGAGUGCUGAUGGAGGAUGAGUUGGCAAGAUGAAAUAUUUAAAGCACCCGUAGCCCUUUAAUUCCUGAAACCACAAAUUUGGGCCAGAAAAUUCAAAUUUUUUGAAGCUAAAAUGUUUAUUUUACUUUCUACUGAAAACUAAAAAACAUCAAAAUUUUCCUAAAAUUUAACAAAUAUAUUUAUUUAUCUCGUUUGAUACAUUAGAUAUUUUUGGAAACUGAUAAACUACAAGAGGACAUUUUUAUCAUUUAUCGGACUGUAUUCGGGUGUUUUUUUAGUAAUGUGUUGAUCAUAUUGAUUUGAUAGAAGUAUAUAAAAUUAUGUAUCAAAUAUGAUACAAAAGACAUUGAAGGGUUAAGUAACUUUUGGUUUGUGCUGGUUUUGGCGCCCUCCUGUGGACAAAACUAACACCUUAUGGCUUGUUCUGUACAAGCCAAGGUUAUAUUUUAUAACACAAAAGUGUCAUCCUGAGUACUUUUAACAGGUGAAUACAUCACACGUUGUAAAGAGGGUGUGUAAUCUACAGCAGUGGUUCUCAACUGGUGGGUAGAGACCCAUAAUUGGGUCGCGGACAUGUUCUGGAUGGGUCACGAACAGCUGGACAAAAAAGUAAACAUUUUAAGUCAUAUUUAUAAGAUUUUUGAUAUUUUCUGUUUACGGAACUUCAGUAGUUGUCGUCCUCAUGUUGAGUAAAUGCACUUUAUUCAAUAAAACAAGUGGAUUUAUGUUAUAGAUUAGAGUCUUUAAAGUUUUUUUUUGCUUGGUUUAAAUUCUAUAAAAGUGGGUUGCGACUUAAGGACUAUGGGAAAAUGUGGGUCCCCAGAGUGAGACCAGUUGAGAACCACUGAUCUACAGUAUAUGAACGAGUUUGAAACCGACCCCCCACAGCGAUUUCCAGCAUUAAAAAUUGUAAUAUAGAAAUAAUCAGUCUUGUUCCUGAUGAUCUUGUUUGCUUAUGUAGGUCCUAAAAACACAUUAGUGUCAGUUUGAGUUUGUUUCACGGAGUAACACAGAGUUAGGCAGAUUCAUAAUGAUUGUCCAGGUGCAACAGGUUAGAAAUAAAUCAAUGGACAAACAUGCUUAAAUGUAUCCAUGUAAAAUAAUACAGACAGUCAGCAUGAGAGAUUUACUUUUUUACAGAGGGCAACAGUUGCAGCAUGUUUAAAGGACCUUGUAUUUGUAAGCCUGUUGACUGAGAUUAUGCACACGUUCAAUUAUUGUAUAUUUGGUGUUGAGUGUUUUGCACUUUUUACUGCCACUAAAAUGCAUCUUAUUUCAUCGACUAAAAAAGCAGUGCACACUCUUUCGAUACAGCGCACACUCACACUAAAACCUGCUGUUGUCUGAGCCCUGAAGCAUUGUGUGUUACACAUUUGCAGCGUUCCCAUCAGUGUUCACAGAGCGAGGUGAGGAGUCACAGACACAUUGUUGAUAUUCAAAAGAAGACGUGAGCCAAAAUCAACUUUUCACUUUGUCUCUCUGCUCAAUUUGGCUCUCAAAAAUGGGGAGCAUUUCCAUCUUGAGUUUGGAUGCUGGGCUGUGAGAACAAAAAAAAAUCCUGCUGUGUCAUGACACUUUUCUGUACUGCCUUUGUUUUCUCUGUGUUGAUUGGGUGAAAACCUCCCCUGAGUCAGGAAAAGCUAUUCUUUGUUGUUAUUCUUUGCAUACUUUGAGAGUUUUCACAUCUUUUAAUAUAAACUGUCUAGGAUUACAACAAAUUGAGAAAUCAAGUGGGUUUUAUUUUGGCAGCUGGCUCAUUUUACUGCUUUUUGCUGAUUUGCAAACAGCGGCACAGUGGUACACCACGCUGCAUCAUUGUUUUUACUGGAUCUGUUUGUGUGUGAUACUUUUAUUAACCACUAGAGAGUGCUCUGCAACAGCCCAAUGAACCCACAGUUAUUUAGGUCACAUCAUUUCUCACCUGUAUCAGAUUUCUGAUUGACUUCAGGCACUUUUUUUUUUCACCGCAGCUUUGUUUUGACCUUUUUUUCAUUCUUUAUUUGGGUGAAAUGCCAGUAAAUAAAUCUUGUUUUUAUACAUCUAACAGGUUUCAUAUCCUCCAGAAGAAAGUCACUCCAAAGGUAUUUUCCUCUCUUUUUUUUUAUGUUUGCAUCUUGGUAUUUACACCUCCUGGAAAUGACUCAAUAAUUAAACUUUUUAAACUUGCAGUGAUGCCAUUCCAGGAGGUGUGGGCAAGGAGCCUGUGUCGGCCCAUGGAGCAGUUGGUAGAUGUGGAGCAGGAAUACCCUGGAGACGUGGAGUUCAUCUACAUGCCUGCUUGUGUCCCACUUUGGCGUUGCUCAGGUUGCUGCGGGGAUGAAAACCUAGAGUGCCAGUCGACUCUGGAACGAAAUAUCACUCUGCAGGUGCGGCGAAGGCCUUAAACAGAAAUGGAUCAAAACCAAAAAAUGUAUGGAAGUUGUUUAAAACACUUCCCUUUUAUUUACUGCUCAGGUGAUGAGGCUUCAUCCCAUGAUAUCUAUGCACCAUGUGGAACUCACAUUUGUGGAACACCAGACAUGUGAAUGCAGGUAAAAAAAAAAACAACAACCAGGAGCAGAUCAGUCAUUUUUUAUUGCAGUAGAGGCUGAUUGUUGUUGUUUUUACCCUGUUUUAGAGCCCGCCAGGUUCUUCCAAAUAACAAGAGGUCAGUGGAAGGACGUUUUUUCUAUCACACCUGAUAGAUUAAUAUCAUAACCACACUUUGUUCUUCCUCUUUAGCAGCAGUGAGUCUAUAAAGAACAGACCGCGGAGGAGGAAACUCAAGAAAAUGGCAAACGGCUGUGGCAAGUAAGAGACGGAUUGCCCUCGUGCAGCGCACAUAAAAACACACACACAAACACGUGUGCACACUAAUUCACAAUGUUUUGACAUUUAGUGCUACAUUUAUCACUGUUCCCCCCACACUGUGUCAAACUUCCAAGGACCAACGAGAUUAAACCAUAUCACUGUAAAUAUCUCCUUGUGUUGCUCUUCCUGAAGCACACGAGUUUGUGCUUCGGUUUAAGGCCACAGAGGUUUUUAGGACUGUAAUCCAAGGCUGCUGUUAGAGACGACUAACCAGAACACAUAUGAGGAAGAAUUACUCUUGUAAGAGAGCUAAUAUAUAGAUCAGUAAAUGUCUUUUCUGGCCUAAUUUGUUUAUUUGUUUUUCUUCAGCAGGCCGCUCAGUCAUGUUAAACACUGUACAUAAUUUUACCCACAUUAACAGAACGAAUGAGGACCAGAUGAGGAAGUUUGUCUAACACGUUUAAGAACAAGCCAGUCAGAGACACUCGAAACCAUCAUCGAUAGCCAGCUCUGAAGGUUUUAUGUGCAGUGAAUUUAUUUGUCCGCUGACAUACAAAGGUCAGGGGUCAGCGUACGUCACAGGUGAUCUCUCCACCCCUGUCUUUCACUCUGUCAUUUUCUUUCAUUUGCCAAAAGAAAUUGUUAUAUGAAUAAAUCUGAAAUGAUGAUCCGUGAAAGCGUCACCACAAACACCAAAAUGCCAAGGAUAAAUCAGAGGCCUUAAAAGACUUGAUUAUGAGUCAUAGCUGAGAACAGGUUUUAUGGUUUAGAGAAAAACUUUGAGUUUUUUUUUUUAUAAGAAGGUCAGUUCAGCCGUGUUUGUUAAACUUUAACUGUCGGUCACACAGUCUGAAAUCCUAAUUUUAGAGCCCUUCUGCUGACUGGCUGCAGUACAGGUCUAGGUGGAAAUUAAGCAGUGUUGUCUAUUUUAAGUACAGUCAAUUUCAUCUUUAUGAAAUUUGACAUUUUUGACUCCUCAUGAGUAUAAUGGAAAAAGCUUGCACUGUUAUCAUUUCUCCUGACAACAGUGCCCUCCACUGAUCUUAUGUUAAACAAUUCAAAUAUAUGCAGUGCAGACAACAUUUGCAUUCCUCUUUUUGUGCAAGUUUGCAUUCUCGAAAUUUAGCAGUCUUGCUAAUAGCUUGCAUGAGGCGGAGAAAUGCAAAUGUUGCUGUGCAGUCAAAGUUAGUCAAAUUGAUGGACAAAGUAAGGAUUGUCCACCACAGCUCAGAAGAAAAGGCGCUGUAUGUGCUACUAAAGGAGAAUUCCCAACUGAAAGGCAAAGUAUGUUUGAUUUUUGAUAUAUUUGAAGUCCCAUUGAAGCCUCGGCUAACAAUUCUUGUGAUUCUAUUCUCUGUUACACUAAUAAUUAAAACGGCAUGAACCUUGAAUCAGUAUUUGAGGCACAAAAACUUGACCUCUUUAAAGCAGAGCACGAUACAGGGGUGAGGUCAUCUGUGUACAGGGGUGACUUCAGGUUUUACUGACUUUAAUGAAGCAGAGUGACAGGACGUCGAAUCCUCAGCCUUGAAAGAGCAGCAAGAAAUCAGACCAGCUUUAAGGCAGACUCUAGGUUCAAGGCCACUGUAAAGAAAGACUGUGUUUGGUGGAGGUCUGGGGGUUCCCCACACUUACGAAGCUUAAUCAUCUUUAUCACCUGGGUGGUCAUGGUAUUGUUGUUGUUUUCCUGCCAAGCACAUGUUAAUGCUGCGUUAUGACUUGUCUCUGCUCGUAUUAUUUGUAAACCAAACCAUGAUGUAGGGCCAGCCCCAUCAUCUUGUAACCCUCAACUUCAGCCCUGACCAGGAGGACCACACAGCUGCUGACUUUUUAAUUCAUUCCAGCAGAUUCAGAGGGACAAAUUAUACAAUGUCAGUGCUGAACAUAAACUGAAUUUGAGAAAAACUUCCUACUUAAAACCUGCAGGAGUAAACAUUCACAUUGAUUGUUUCAUGGUGGCUUCAUCCCUGUGGCAGUCUCAAAGUAAAUGUUUGACAUUAAACUUUGGAGGCUAAGAAAAAUAACUCGCCUUUUUGCUCUGUGAUGAAACAUGUCAAUUCAAACAGACGCUCGUCUUGAGGGGCCUAUGAACCCUUUGGCCCCUUGUCCUAUGACCUGUGGGCUUAUUCUGUAAUGCAUCCAAGUGUCAGAUGUUUCAGUCUGGUGGUGAGUUGUAGUGCUAUGUAAGCGAGUCUUUGCAAAUAUAGAAAGCAGCUUAAAUAUGAGUGAAUGCGGAUAAAAAUAUUCCUGGUUAUAGUUAAUGUUGUGACUUUUAAAAGUUGAGUCUUAAAUUGAGAUUGUUUAAAAGUUUUGGUAACACUUUAUAAUAACUGUCCAUUAUAACUAGUUAAUAGAUCAUUAGUAAUCUGUUAAUUAAUGAGUUAUUAAUGAAUUGUUAAGUGUUUGUUAAUAGUUUAAGGAUUUAUAAUGAUGCCUUCUAGAUAGUUAAUACAUCAUAUCAUAUAAACUUUUAGUUAAUGAGUUACAAAUGACUUGUUAACUGUAUGUUAAUUAUUUAUUACUAUACCUUAUAAAUUAGUAAUAGAUCGUGAACAAGCUAUUAGUAAAUUACUUACUUGGGUAAUUUGGUCAUAAUAAUUGGGGCGUUAUUGCAACUAUUCCUCAUUUACUAACUGUUAGUAAAUGAGGAAUAGUUGCAACUUUAGAGUACCAUCCAAAUGAUAUAAAAAUUAUUAAUUGAAACUUAACAAGUCAUUCGUAAGUAAUUUACUAAUAGCUUGUUCAUGAUAUAUUACUAAUUCAUAAGGUAACUCAUUAACUAACAGUUUAUAUGAUAUAUUAACUAUCUGUAAGGCAUCAUUAUAAGUCCUUAAACUGUUAACAAACACUUAAUAAGUCAGAAAUAACUAAUUAUUUACAGUUAACUCAUGAUCUAUUAACUAGUUAUAACGGAUAGUUAUUAUAAAGUGUUACCAAAGUUUUAAAAUAUAAACAGGAACUGCUUAGUGAUGUUGCUGAGCAGGCACUUCAGACCUUUGUGUUUGUAAUUUCACUUUUUGCAGCAAAAAUAUUGCACUAUACCAUGCCUCCUAAUUUGGUGUCUGAACAGGUUUGUGUUUUUCUUUGGAUAAAUCGCCAAAAAUUCAUCUAUUGAUGGAAAAAAGAUCGAGCAGUAAGAUCAGCAAACUGCAGCAGAGGCUUGUGAAUAAUGUUCUGUAAUAGUACCAAAUGCUUCACCACCUCACAGCUGUGCCAGGACAUUUGAAAUUCAAAUGUAAUUUGGUGAAAUUAAAAGCUUCGUGUUUUAAAUAUGAAUUUCAUUAACAAAUUGUUGAACCAAUUAAAACUACUUGUUUUCUUUUUCUAUUUUUCAGGUGCCAGUUUCCUCAAAACAAGAUUGAUCUGCAUUGAUCAAUGUCUGAAGUUUAAUUCUGAGAAGUCUGGAGAACACUUUUUGUAUAUUUAUCACAUCACAUUGUAGUCUGUCCUUUUGUUUCUUAAACCCACGUAUCCAUCACACAUCAGUCUUUCCAUCUUGGCUGUGAUAGUCUUCCUUUUUUGAUUGAUUUCCUAAGGAAACCCUUAGGUCUGCAGAAUGCUUGUCUGUAACUUCUGUUCCUAAUGGACUGAAGUUAACUUUUAAGUGUGACUUUUUCAGUUCAGGUUGCUCUUGAAUGGGGUUUUCAACACAGACACAGAGAGAUUAAAAACAGGUAUAGACAUAAUAGGUGAGUGCUGGAAGCUUGUCAGCUGCCAAUGAAAGGGUUUAGGCUGUUGUCCAACCUGAAGAGUUUUCUAAUUAACCGUCUGGUCAGACAGAGAGGUUAUAACUUCUCCAUCACUUCAUGCUAUUUGUGUAAAUUGAUAUACACUCUGCCUGAUAUAAGUUUGUGGAAUAAAAAUCUCUCCUACACAAGAA